AUGGUGCAGGAAUAUGAUGUUGACCUUGACCUAAAUGGGCAGUAUGAUGUUGACCUUGACCUAACUGACCAGUAUGGUGUUGACCUUGCCCUAACUGACCAGCAUGAUAUUGAUUUUGACCUAACUGGCCAGUAUGUUGUUGACCUUGCCCUAACUGACCAGUAUGAUGUUGAGUUUGACCUAAUUGGCCAGCAUGUUGUUGACCUUGCCCUAACUGACCAGUAUGGUGUUGAUCUGGAUCUAACAGACCAGUAUGAUGUUGACCUUGACCUAACUGGCCAGUAUGAUGUUGACCUUGCCCUAACUGACCAGUAUGGUGUUGAUCUGGAUCUAACAGACCAGUAUGAUGUUGACCUUGAUCUAACAGACCAGUAUGAUGUUGACCUUGACCUAACUGGGCAGUAUGAUGUUGACCUUGACCUAACUGUCCAGCAUGAUAUUGAUUUUGACCUAACUGGCCAGCAUGUUGUUGACCUUGCCCUACCUGACCAGUAUGGUGUUGACCUUGAUCUAACUGACCAGUAUGGUGUUGACCUUGACCUAACAAACCAGUAUGGUGUUGAUCUGGAUCUAACAGACCAGUAUGGUGUUGACCUUGACCUACCAGACCAGUAUGGUGUUGACCUUGACCUACCUGAUCAGUAUGAUGUUGACCUUGACCUAACUCACUGGUUUGGUGUUGACCUUGAUCUAACUGGCCAGUAUGAUGUUGACCUUGAUCUAACUGGCCAGUAUGAUGUUGACCUUGAUCUAACUGGCCAGUAUGAUGUUGACCUUGAUCUAACUGGCCAGUAUGAUGUUGACCUUGAUCUAACUGGCCAGUAUGAUGUUGAUCUUGACCUAACUGACCAGUCUGAUAAUGAUUUGGAUUGA